GGCAACUUUCUGUAACAUGUGUUUUCCGAUUAUAAUGUGUAGUUGCCUCGUCGACGAGAUAGUGUAUUAUCACGUAAUGCAGAUAAUAGAAUUCCAUCCGCAUUUUUAACGUUUAUUCAAGAAGUUUUCAGCUUGAUGCAAAUAAAACCCGAUUAACAAUUAAUAUUCGAAGAUGAGCACUGAAGCCAAACAAAGUAGUUGUCACAGAGCCAUCUGACUGCAUGCUGUCAGUGUACAACUUCUCUGAUCGACUUAUGGAGCAUUCCAUACAUUUCCAUGUAUUGAAAUUGAACGAAAGCUUCCUCGUCUGGAUCGGCGACAGAUCUGCAAAUAUGUCAAGUCUUGCUGUAUCUAUGACGACUCCAUACGAUCAAAUACCUUCAAGUGCAAGUUUACUUGGUGAAGCCUCUGAUACGCCCUCUACAGUUUUAUCACAAAAACUAGCUAAAAAGACAAGAAAGCAAGUAUUUGUCAGUUAUAAUCUACCAACAGAUCAGAUGCUGCUACCAUUAGUGGAGAAAAGGCUCAUCGAAGAGAUGAACACUCAUCCAGAUAAAUUUUAAAAAGACCAUAUUAUUAAAUUUGUUUGUUCACAUGUACUAUGAAACUAUUGCUUCAGUUAAAUUUAUGUAAAGUUCUUCUACAAUUUGUCAGUAUCUACUGUUUCAAGAAUGUGAUUAUGCCAAAAGUCAGCCAAGGCAUCAUUGAAUGUAGCUUGUCUGUUUGAUUCAGCAGUAACCAUGUAACUUUCAAAUUUCUGGGGUUGUCGCAUUUUGUGUUCUGCAUUGCUAAUCACACGCAGUGCAUGAUAUUUUGUGUAGAAUAGCAAAAUGAAAAUGCAAUGAGUAAUUAGCCC